GACAAGUCAAGUCAAGACAAGACACCCAGCAAUCAGAAUAGAUCAAAGCCACACCAAGUUUCCCAAACCGUGACCUCCGGACACCAUAACCUAGCCGACAUGCCGCCAAAAGGACCCUUUAAGCUGGUGACAGUGAACACCGCGCCUGAACGCGCAAAGCGUCUUGUCGGACGCAUGACGGAGGCAUUGAAAGACCAAUUCACCAUUCUACACGUGGCCAACUGUGAAACAAUCGACGAAGUUCAAGGCAAAGUCCAAGAGUUUCAACCAGAUAUCCUUUUCUGUGCAUCCAUGUGGACACCGGAGGAAAGUACUCGGAUUCUACAAAUCGCCAGAGAAACCAAGCCAGGGAUCAAGACACAUGCCAUUCCCCAAGGCUUACAAGUUGAGAAAGGACCUGAUGCGGUCGUAGAAUAUCUCUUGGAGAAUGUGCCCAAGCUUCUGUCAUAGUUCUGGGUGCUAGACAGUACAUAGAUAGACUUUAGACAACGAAUUUAGACAUUGUAG